UCGCGCGCUUUGUUUUGUUAUGGCGGUUCGUUUCGAAACGACGACGCGAGUUUAUCCGUCGUGUUGUGAGCUCUUUAAACACCAGGAAACACCGACACGAGUUUAUCCGUCGUGUUGUGAGCUCUUUAAACACCAGGAAACACCGACACGAGUUUAUCCGUCGUGUUGUGAGCUCUUUAAACACCAGGAAACACCGACACACCUCAAGGAACAUGACGUCUCCAGAUGGACCACAGUCUCACCUCCUGUUCCGCUGGAUGGCGAGCAGCUCUCAGGCCGCCGGAUUGUAUGUAAACGUCUCUCCAGGAGAAAUAGGUUCUGUCAGGAGCAGCUGUACGGAUGUGUCCUUAGAGGACUCGUUCAGCGGACAGUUCGCCCCCUUACCCAUGUCCAGAAGCAGUAGCUGCACGGAUGUGGACUCCAUCUGUCCUUCACAGUCCAGCAGGUCCCAGGUCUCCACACACACCAGCAGUGAAGUGGACAUGACUCACCCUGCUGCAGGAAAGAACCAGGAACUCAUGCACAGGCUUCAAGAACUGAAGCUGCUGCAGCAGUGCAUGCAAGAACAACUAAAAGCCCACCAAGAGGAGCAGCUACAAAAACUGCAGAACGAACAAUCAAGGCUCUCGAGGAUGAUGCAGACCGCCUCAGCGUAUGAAAAUCUAAAACAGCCUUGGAUCAAAAGCACAGAGCAGCCAGGAUCAAAGUCUUCACACACAACACCCAGAGAUUCAUCAGUUCAGCUUGUACACCAGCAGGCCAAAGAAGUGGAAAGGACACCGGAACCGUUUGUUACACGAACAGAGCCGAGUUCUGAACAUCACAGCGACGAAGAUUACGAUCGUAACGAAGAAUGUCUGCAUUUUGGCGACAGAAGCACGUGCCAAAAAGACGGCGAAACGGAGCCACACGACAGGCCGAUCAGGUCGGGUGGCAGCGCGAAGACGUUCGAAGAGAUGCUGGAAGAGCAGCUGGGGCUGGAGAACGAGAAGCUAAGCAAGAAUUCGGGAGCUCCGACCGAUGCGGCAAAGGUGAAGAGGCCGUUUCUGAGGCGAGGUGAAGGCUUGUCCAGGUUCACUAGAGGCAAACCCGCUAACCCUAACCCAUUCAGGAACAGGACGACUAGUUCAGACACCAAACCCACACCAGGCAUCGUUCCCUCAGCCAUUUCAGGCCCGACCGUAGGAUCCCACCAGAGCUCAGAGCCGAAACGGACUUCUACAAAAACUAUAAGUACGACAAAUGUCGUAACCCAGCGUAAGACUGCUGUACUGAACAAAAACAACUUUCCACCGAGGACUUCAGUACAAGUAACAAAGGCUUUGGCUAAAGCUCAUGGUCACGGGGGCCAUCAGAAAGUCAGAGUAGAAGGCCAGAACGAGAGCUCUGGACCUGUCCAACUCCAAAGUAAGACUAAUAAUAAGCCUGAAGGUCAGAAGGUCCUCUCGGAUAUCGUGGUCGAUAUCAGUAAAGGACCAUCAAGGCAGUUUCAGAGAAUGGAUGAGCUAAAUACUCGUAUCGCAGAGAAUUCGUUCGAGGUGUGGCUGAAAGAGCGUGGUGAACACUGGGAAAAAGAUCAGCACCGUGAACAUGUGGAGCUCGGUGAGUUUGAGCUGCUUGAGCGAGCAGCCGACGAGUUCUCUUUUUCCAGUAAUUCGUCUUUCGUCAACACACUUUUGCGGCGGGACGGUAGACGCCUUUCCUCCACUCCUGUCAAAUCACCACCAAAAUCCUCGUUUCCUGACUCUCGUCUCGACGACCGUACCGACCUUAACGAGGCUCACAGUCCACCGGUACCUUCUGCGGACAGCGCGGCCGUGAUAGAAGAAGCAAGCGCGCGAACGGACGAAGUGACGUCCGAGUGUUCCGGAGACGAACAAACGGAAGAGUCCGAUUCCUCAGCGUGCGACAACACGGUUUUUCACCAGCCAGAACCUUUCAGCCUCCAGGUUUCAGCUCCACCCUACGAUAAGCGAUCUUAUCAAGACAGAGACGGUGCUGAAAGUCCAGAUGCAGACGAGGAGAGCUACAGAGACUCGACUCUUGCGGACGGCGGAGGUCAUGUCGAGUUCGAUGACGACGACACGUGGCACGAGCCAGAGAACUCCGUGAGCAGUCCUGAAAAGAUGGACGAUCAGCCGGAUCGGGUACUGAAGAGGAAGAUCGCCAUUUCAAAGGGAGCCGAGCGUGAUCGUUGUUCUAACAGCCCAGUAGACCGUGAGCCAGGGCCACCACCAACAUGCCAGUUGGUAGCAAAGCUGUUUCCAGCUCUGAAGCCAAAACCGUGUCCUCCUCCUCCUCCAGAAGUGCCAGAUUCAGACGUCCAUAGCGAACAAGGAGCAGGUGACAAAAACAGCAGAUCAUCUUUACUCCGUGAGCGCUUGGUGGAACUGGAGACCGAGAUCGAGCGCUUCAAGAAAGAAAACGCUGCACUGAGCCGACUCAAGCAGGAAAACCAGGAGAUUCGGGAUAAUCUGAGGAAGGAGAAAGCAGACUUUCAACAAAACAUGGCAGAAGAACUCGACAAAUGGGAGGCGUUUAAGUGCGAGGAAAGCCGGAAGCUCCAACGUGAGAAGAAGUUGUUUGAGAAACACGCAGCAGCUGCAAGGGCAAGACCUGACAAACGGGAACGAGACGAGAUACAGUCUCUGAAACAGCAGCUAAACGUUCUGCAGGAGGAUUUAAGAAAGCGAGAGGCUCGUUGGACCGGCACUCAGAACCGCCUCAGGCAGCAGAUAGACUCCCUCAGUGCAGAGAACGCUACUCUACGAGACCAGGUCCGAACGCUGGAAAAACUUCGCCUCAGCACCUGGAAAAACGCCGAGUCCGACCGGGAAAAAGAGAGAGGGAGGUCCGGCGCUUCCAGCAACAUCAGGACGACAAAAUCCAAGAGCCCCUCCAACGGUGUUAAAAGCAGCCCUGAGAGCCUGAGCAAGAAAAUGGAAAGUCUAGGGGUUCAGAAUCCUUCCAAAAAUCCAGCCAAGUCCUCAGGGACCACAAGCUCUACAGCCUGCCAGAAGGAGCCUUCUUUCCCGGUCACGUCUCCACUCCACGUCAUAGAAUCUGAGGAAGCGGAAAGGCCAAGGGACGUUACAGGGAAAUGUGAACUCGAACAGGAAGAGAGUACAGACGGAAAGAUCGAGAAGACGUGUCCCGACGGAGGACGACUUACCAUUUUCCCCAACGGCACGAGGAAACAAGUGUCUGCUGACGGGCUGUCGGUCACCAUCACUUUUUUUAACGGCGACAUAAAGCAGAUGAUGCCAGAUCAAAGAGUGAUCUAUUAUUAUGCAGAAGCUCAAACCACACACACCACCUACCCCGACGGUCUGGAAGUGCUCCAGUUCCCCAACAACCAGAUAGAAAAACACUUCACAGACGGUCAUAAAGAGAUCACGUUUCCCGAUCAGACCGUUAAGAACCUCUACCCUGACGGGAGAGAGGAAAGCGUGCUCUUAGACGGCACGAUAAUACAGCAAAACCCGGACGGCACCAAGGAGAUCCAGUUCAACACGGGUCAGAGAGAGCUUCAUACGGCACAGUUCAAGAGACGAGAAUAUCCCGACGGCACGGUUAAAACCGUUUACUCCGACGGACGACAGGAGACUCGCUACCCCAACGGGCGCGUCAGGCUCAAAAACCCCGAAGGACACGUCGUCAUGGACACCUAAAAGAGGACUCUGGUUUUUUUUUUGGUCAAAGUGAAUGUUUGUUUCGCGUGUUUUAUAGAAUGACAAUUAAUUUAUUUGUAGUGUAAAUUUUUGUAAAAUAAAUAUCGUUAUAAUUCAA